GCGUUCAGUUUUCACCGCCGCUCCUGGGCGUCCAGCGGGUCCCAGGGCCAGCCUUUCCCAAGGCAACCACUCCCAACACAUCGGUGCCUUGGCUUCGGGCCUCCGAGUCCGCUUUGCGUGCCGGCGUCCUGCAAAAACUCGGACACGCACAGUCGCAGCCCCAGCUGGUACCCCAACCUGACUUCCAGUUCCCAUCCAGCCCCGGCUCCGCGCCCACCUCCCCUGAGGUGCUGAAACCCAACGCGUUGUGGCCCGUGCCGCUGAGGCUUCUGGGAGUUGUAGUUCUUGCUCGCCGAGUCCAAAUGCACUUCCGGGUUCGGCCAGAAGCGCAGCCAUUGUCCCGCGCGCGGACGCCUGCUGUCGCCGCUCACCUUGGCCCCUGGGAGGUUAGCCCGGGCGGCCUUGCGGAUGCCGACCAGGGGAGAGGGCCAAACUAGCUUAAUCCGAGUGUGUGGUGCGCAGAAUCGGGGCAGAGGGUUGCUUCACCCGAGCUCGUCCUGCCGCAGAGCCGUGCCGGGCACUGAGAAGGGGGGGACAGUCGGGCCUGGGCCGCGAGCCCCUGGACGCCCAGCUCAGGACCUCAGGCCCCUGCCCGUGCCUGGAGGGGAGCAUGGAGGAGCAGGAUGAGAAGCCCCCAGGGCCCCUGAAGGCCUGUGUACAGGACUCUCUCCUUCGUCAAGAGAUUAUUGUCAAGGUUGAGAGAGAAGAUGCUGGAUCACUGGCCAUCAAAUCCCAGGAAGGCGUGAACUUCAAAAUUGUGGCUAUGGACUUCACUCAGGAGGAAGAGAGCACCUUGAACCUUGCUCAGAGGACCCUGAAUAGAGAUAUGGUACUGGAUAACCACAGGGACCUGGUCUCUUGGGACUUGGCAACUGCACUUGGAAGAAGAGAAUCAAUAUCAAAACAGAGCAUUUUUAAUGAUGAACCAUCCCAUAGAGUGAAGGUAGAAAAGUUGACAAGAGAUGAUCCUUGCUUAUCUUCAUGUGAAGAAGUUCAGGAUUGUAAUGAGCAGUUGGAGAAGCAACAGGAAAAACAGGAGAGAGUUUUGAAGGAAUUGGCAUUUACUCACAGAAAAGCUAUUACUCAUGAGAGAGUCUGCAAAGAUGAUGAACUUGAGAAGAGUGGUCUGAAUUCUAGUCUUCUUUCAUCCCAGAUGAUCCCCAUAAGAAACCAUUUUCAUAAACAUGCCUCACAUGUUAAAAAAUUACAUGAUAAUUCUAUUGUAAACACUCAUCGGAUGAUUAAUGAUGAUGAAAAGCUCUGUGAAAAUAGUGAAUGUGGAAACUGCCCCCAGAGUAUUCACCUUAUUCAGUUUAGAAGAACUCAGACAGAAGACAAAUCCUAUGAAUUCAGUGACAGUAUUCAAUCUUUUAGCCAUAGUACACCCUUAAAUAUACAGGAGAAAAUACAUGCAAGAGGAAGAUCUUUUGAUUUUAAGGAAUGUGGGCAAGUGUUGAACCACAGACUAUCUCAUAGUGAUCAACAGAAAAUCCCUGUUGAAGAAAGUCAAUAUAAAUGUGAAACAUCCCAAAGUUCAUCCCUUGCUCCAAACAUGAGAAAUCAUUCUGAAGAGAAACCAUUUGAAUGUAAUCAGUGUGGGAAAUCCUUCAGCUGGAGCUCUCAUCUUGUUGCACAUCAGAGAACUCAUACAGGUGAGAAACCUUAUGAAUGUAAUGAAUGUGGAAAAUCCUUCAGCCGGAGCUCGCACCUUGUUUCCCAUCAGAGAACUCAUACUGGAGAGAAACCUUAUAGAUGCAAUCAGUGUGGGAAAUCCUUUAGCCAGAGCUAUGUUCUUGUUGUGCACCAGAGAACUCAUACUGGAGAGAAGCCUUAUGAAUGCGAUCAAUGUGGAAAGUCAUUCAGGCAGAGCUACAAACUUAUUGCACAUCAGAGAACUCAUACUGGAGAGAAGCCCUAUGAGUGCAAUCAAUGUGGGAAAUCAUUUAUCCAGAGCUAUAAGCUUAUUGCACAUCAAAGAAUUCAUACUGGAGAAAAACCCUAUGAAUGCAAUCAGUGUGGAAAGUCCUUUAGUCAAAGUUACAAACUUGUUGCCCAUCAGAGAACUCACACGGGAGAAAAACCUUUUGAAUGUAAUCAGUGUGGAAAAUCCUUCAGUUGGAGCUCUCAGCUUGUUGCACAUCAAAGAACUCAUACUGGAGAGAAACCCUAUGAAUGUAAUGAGUGUGGAAAAUCUUUCAACCGCAGUUCUCACCUUGUUAUGCAUCAGAGAACCCAUACUGGAGAAAAGCCCUAUGAAUGUAAUCAAUGUGGGAAGUCCUUCAGCCAGAGUUAUGUUCUUGUUGUACAUCAGAGAACUCAUACUGGAGAAAAGCCCUAUGAGUGCAAUCAGUGUGGUAAAUCUUUCAGGCAGAGUUCAUGUCUUACUCAACAUCAGAGAACUCAUACUGGAGAGAAGCCCUAUGAAUGUAAUCAAUGUGGAAAGACAUUCAGCUUGAGUGCUCGACUUAUUGUACAUCAAAGAACUCAUACUGGAGAGAAACCUUUUACAUGUAAUCAGUGUGGGAAAGCUUUCAUUAAUAGCUCUAAACUUAUUAGGCACCAGGCAACUCAUACUGAAGAGAAACCUUAUGAAUGUAGCUAGUUUGGAAAUAUUUCAUCCAGAGUAUAGUCCCCCCACUUUUUUUUUCUUUUAAGGGAUUAUAUGUAUUGGAAAGAACUACCAUGAAAGCAAUAUAUGUGGGCAAGCUUUCAAUUAGCCCUUUGUUAUUGUGAAUUGGAAAUAUGUUCUGGAGAAGAAAAAACUAUGAAUCACACAUUUCACUUAAUUCCAUAUAAAAAAGAAAUCAGACUUGGCCUUUAUGAUACAUUCCCACAAAAGUAAUAAGUAUUGGCACAUUUCCUUGCAGAAAGCACUCAGACUUGAAGCUGAAAGAAUUACCAUUAAAUGGGUGAUUUGUAUAGUGAUUGUCAGUGAGGUAGACCUCUUUUCCAAUAAAGUGCAAAUGAGAAUGCUAAUACUGGUAGGCUUGUUAAGAAGACUGAAAAAUUGCUGUAGUUACUAGAACCUAGGCAGGAAAAUGGUAUUUCAGCAUAUUGUUCUACACCAUUAUUCCCCCAGUAGUUACUUACUAUAAUUUGUUCCAUACAGUACUUUCUAUUAUAUAUGAAGAUUUCAUAAAAACUAGGAAAAUGGCUGUGAUAUCAAGCAGAAAAUGCAAGACAAGAGUGUAGGACAUUCACUUCUAGAACCACUAUGAUAAGGUAUUCAUGUAUGGAUCAGAACUGAGAGGAAUUCUGGGUGUAUCUAAUUGAUUUUUAGGUUUAUACCUGGUUUUCUUUUUGAAAUGUAUGCUGUUAUAAUAAAUUAUAUGAUGAGCAAAAAUUAGUCCCAAGAAAUCCCACAAUAUUUCCAUCUCCUUUGACUAUUUAGGAAAGGCUGGGUGGCUAGAUAGCAGAGAUUCCUCAGGGUUCUGAGAUUUCCAUUUGUGGUAGUAUGAACGGGUCAUUCCUUUUGACUUAGAUUCCCAGGGAUAUUCCUCACUGAAUAGGAAAUAUUUUUUCAUGAAGGAGGAAUUGGAAAUUUAGGACAAAAAGGGUUCUAUGUGAGGUGUUGACAAUGCAUGGGCAGUAUAAGGGGCAUUUUUCAUAUACAAAGGAGCUCUAUUUUUAGGGUUUCCCCCCUCCCCUUAUAUAGUAUUGUCUUUUUUUCCUCUGGGAUAUGUUCUUUUUUAUGUGAGAGUCCUCUGAUAGCUAAGUGCCAUUACCAAACUUUUAAUAAUUAUUUUAGGCAGGAUUUGUACGUACUCUUUUUUUUUUUUUAGAUUUGUUUCACAUCUUUCUGGACUUUGCCCCUAAGUCAUGAAUUCUAAUCCUAUGGAUUAUCAUGGAUCUGAAACCUCUGAUCCCAGAGAGUUAAUAAAAACAAGAUGAAAGUUGAACUGAGAGUCCAGAGAAUAGAGGUAAAUUCCUGAAAGAAAGAAACCUAAAGUGACAUCUGAUAGGUGUCACCCUUAGUAUAAAAUUCCAUCCCCAUGAGAUGAUCCCAAGUGGAGCCAUCUCUAUGAAGAUUAAGCCAGAGAAUACAGCACACAUAGCAGUGAGUGAAGUUCUGGGACAACAGCUGUUGGUGCCUGGAAGACUGGCUCCCCACCCUGAGAGGAUCCUCAGUUAGUUUAUGAUGCUCAGAUAGUGGAACAGCAGGGGUUCUCCAUGCAUUGCCUUUUGGAGAGGACAUAAAAUUAUGAAAAUCCCUAAUAUAGCUACAGGACCUGAAUAGGCUUCUUUUCCCCUAAAUUAUAGGUAUAACCAAUACCAGUGCUGGGUACUAGUGGAUGGCUUUACCUGGGCAUAUUGAAUCUUACUUUGAAGGCAGAGCCAUGAUUACAUAAAUUAGUAUAAAGCCAUCUGGGCUAUGAGGACUCUAAAGAUUACAAGCUUGGGGAGUGAUUUAUUGCAAAAAUAAUCUCAUUAUUAAAUGUUGAAAGUAUUUCAUUAAAAUGUGUAAAUAUAUGAAACUGCAGGAAAUUAUUUUGGAGUGUGUGUGUGUGUUUCUGGCCAGGUGGAAUAUGUGAGUCAUCUGGGUGCACUAAGUCAUAAAUAUUAUAUCGGUUCCUGGGUGACUUAUGGUUGCCAAGUGUUUUGAAGUAAUAUAGAUUCAGUAAAUAAAAAUGUUAAUUUAUAUCAUUUGCUCAAUAAUUUCUCUUUGUAGGAAAGGUAUUCUAUUAAAAAAUGGUCAGCCAAAAAAAAAA